CGCCACGACUCCGACGCUUUAUCGGGACGGACUGUGAAAAUUAUCUUGAAGGCUUUCCUUGCUUACGGUUUCUCUCUCUACUCGACAGCAUUCUUACUGAUGACUUGAGAGGGUUUCUACUUCAUGCUCCGUCAGGCUAUUCAGGGAGCUCGGUGGUCUCAGCAUGCCAUUCCCAGGAGCUUGUUAAUAUCAUCGAAUCGUCCUUCUCCGCGGCGGACCUUCUCCGCCGCAGCGUCGCGCUUCGUUCGAAAUGGCGAUUCCAAGGACAAGGUCCGCUUCUUCGAACAGGACACACGGGGUAGCAAGCACAAGGUGGAGGUAAAUCCAGAAGCUGAGGAGAGUGCUGAAACGCAAGAAGUGGAGAGUGAGCUCUCGAAACUUGAGCAGGAACUGCAGGCGCUCGAAGAAGGUCCAUAUGGCCCCAACAGCGAUUUCAUGAAAGAACUGCCGGAGAAGGAUAGGGUUAUCGCGCUCAAAGCUCUUCGAGAGUAUGAAGCUCAGAAGGGCCAAGGUCAACAUGAAUCGAAAGCUGGUCUUGCAGAAGUAUUUGACGAAGAGCUGGAUGCAAUGCUCAAGGAGGAGUUUGAGGGAUUAGCGAAAGAGGAAGAGGAAGACUGGGAUCCAACGAAACCGAUCGAGCAGCAGCAGCGCUUACCUUCCAAAGAAUCGCGCGGGACUCCACUUGACGGGGGACACCACCCCUAUGUUUCCCGAUUUUACGAAUCUCUGAAGGGCCUUUCCAAAGACAACUUGGACGAUACCCGCAAACGAGACGAACUUUGGAAAUGGUAUCGACGGUGCAAGCAGACUAUACCGUCUUUCUUGGCUUCGAUGCCAGAACAGACAGUGGCUGCGUUAUGGGACUCACAAUCCCUGAGUGAAACCGCAAACACUACCCGCGUGCAACGCCUACGGUCACUGGUCGAAGAUAUGGCAUCUGCAGGACGGACGCCUACUGCGCAACAGAUGCUAGUCUAUAUCGAAUCGUUACAUGAAUCUGGAAAGACAGACGAGGCGUUGGAGCUGUGGCGUGCACACCAAACGGGCAUCGGUCAAGGAAGGGAAGCUUUAGAGAGUUAUUGGACGCUCGGGGUACGUCUGCUGUCAGCACAAGAUGAUCCUCAAAAAGCGCAGGAUAUGGCUCUGGCUUUUCUCGCAAACGACAGAUCUCGUCAACCUCGUAUCCUCAUUCCCGUUAUAGACGCCUGGGGUAGGCAGCCCGGCGAGGCAGCGGCAGUCAAGGCAUGGGCACUUUAUUUGCAGCUAAAGACCUUCCUUGGUUCCGAUAUGACCAUGGAAGACUACGAUACUAUCAGUGUGAGCUUUCUUAAGUCUAACCGGCUUGAUCUCGCGCUUGCUGUCUUCAAAGAUAUGAUGGUCACUGGCCGAUAUCCUGAUAAUGAUUCCACGGCGCUAUACAAGGCCGCAGUUGGUCUCGUGGGCAAUCUCCAUGCCUCCAGUAUAAGUGAACAGGAAGUCAACAAGGUGUCGCUCUCGGCGCUGACGAUAUUACCGCGUGCUUUUCAAAAUAGAUUCUUCUAUGGUAGUUGGAUGAAGAAGCUUAUUGGGAUGGGAGAAGUCGACUCCGCUGCGUUAGUCGUUGAACUAAUGUACGAGCGCGGUGUCAGGCCAGAUCCGAAGCAUUUGAAUGGUAUAAUCGGGGCGUGGCUUCGUGAAGGAAAUGCCAACGCAAGAGACAAUGCCGAGAGGCUAGGAUGGGCCAUGAUUCAGCGACGGAUCGAUACGGUCUGGGCUCGAACAUAUCCAGAGAAGUCAUCCCAUGACUCCUCAAAACCGUCUGUGUAUCAAGGAUCGGAGACAGCUCGUAUUCCCCGCUUUAUGCGGAGAACAGUCCCUCCGGCGACUAUCGAGACGUUUUGCUUGCUGCUCCUUCAUUAUACCCGUCGCGGAGAGGAGGACAUGGUCAAGUACCUGACAAAAUGUCUCUCCGACGCUCGGAUUCGCCCGAACUCCUACUUCAUGAACCAUCUCCUCUAUGAUGAGCUGCGCCGGCAGGAUAUUCGCACCUUGUGGAUCAAAUACAAGGAAAUGUCUACUCACGUGAAGCCCGACCUUGAGACAUUUGCUUGUCUCUGGGACUGCGCAAAGCUUCAGUAUGACCGUUUCAAGGAUCCGAACACGGGUUUUCCGUCCGCCAAGGGUCUCUACGCCGAGAUGAUGCGUUGGUACGCGCAGCUCACGCCACACUGGCAGAAAGUCGCUAGGGAAGAAUUCUCUAAAGAUCUAUAUGACCAAAUCACCCGCUGCUUCUGCCUCUCCAGAGAUAUCCACGGCACCCUUGUCGCCCUGCACUCGAUGAGAGACACCUUUGGAUUCUUCCCAGAUGACGAUACGGCUCACAUGUUGGUCCUGCAAGUCGCCCGCAUGGCCGGUGUACCUACAGGGACACCCAGACGUCGCCUCCGCAGACUCUCCGACACUCCUCGCAGUAAAGAAAACAUCGCACAUGUCAGAAGACUGCUUGAGAUUCUGAGUGAGCGCAAAAUGUCCGCCCUGCAAGCCCAAGGGCUCAAUGUCGAGCAGCUCGAGACCACGGAAAAGCAACAGCUACAACUCGAGAUCAUGGCCGACCUUCUCAGAGUCGUGAUCAGCCGAGCAGAGCCCAACUCUACUCCUGCUAAGAUUGAGGACAAACUUACUGCCACGGCAGCAGAGAUGAAUGUUCCCGGAAUCGACCUCGGUUCGCCUCUGACUGGAGACUCGCUGGUCUUGUAGUAGCCAUUGGCCGUUUUAUCUGCUGUAGAUGGCUAUCCUCCUUCAUGAGCAGUUAUAUUAAUAAUAUAGAUAUGAGUUCAGCAAUGACUUUAACCAGCACUACGAUGACAUCGAAGAGAAAGAGAGAGAAAAUGAUGGCUGGGUUUAGGCAAGAUUAGAUAAAUGUGUAUAUAUAUACCUCCUCUCUUGUAUGAUUAGGAGGAAACAGUG